UAUUUUGAACGUCUCAUUGUCUUGUUACUUUUUUGUACAACAAAACUAGCGCUAAUUAAACAGCCCUAAAGAGUGUGAGUAGAGGUGCUAAGUGGAUGCAGUGCAAUGGCAGCUUCAGUCUAUUGUCGUGAAGUUCUGUCCUGUUCAAUUUCAGGUCCUGUUUCCUAUUGGUGCAGAAGGAGUCACGUGACAGUCGUGGUGGCUGGAAGGUCAGCUCUUUCUCUGCCACCCCAGAUUAGCAAAUGUAUUUCAACGGAAAAGAUCUGCUAGGGUUCUCAAUGGCAAAGAAAACAAUAUGUCUAAUUAUUGCUUUAGUAAACAUUGGGUUUUCCUGGGUCAAGGAAGGGUUAUCUACAGAAGUCCCUAACAGUUAUAAUUUUCAAACUACUUCUGGAAAAGAAUUGGUGUGGAAUUAUGGGCAAAGCAACCAACACCAAACAGGGUGGACCUAUCCUUUAAAUCAUCAAGGAACUGGGCAGGGGAGGUUAUACAAUAUUUUGAGAAAAGAAACGUUGUCUGAAGAAAUGAUCAUUGAGAAUAAAGAGCAUCGGCACAGGCUUAUCAACGUCACUGCAAAUGGCAAAACCUGCGUUCUCUUUAGAGCUAAGAGAAUAAUGAUUCGAUUUAGGAAUGAAACUCAGCUGGAUCUAGCAACUAAAGAUGUUAGUUUGCACAACACUAUAGACCUUGCAAGAUCAAGCUGCAAUGAAGAAAAUGCCACACUUUCACUAAAGUUUCUCAAUGUUGGAGUCUUAAGGGGACUUGCAUUAAGAUUCCUCCUAAUGAAAACUUACUACAAGCUGUUCUUUCAAAACUGGUUUCAGUUGCACCAUGUGCAGAUCAUUUUCAACAAUUCCGUGCAAGCAACUUUUAACAGCACUCGCAUAUCUGCUCCACUUGGCUCCUCUUUUCACUGCCACCAUAUCAGUAGCCUUAAGAAAUACGACGCCCUGUUGGUGCCAAGCUCUGGAGAUGGCAGCGCUAAAUUGUGGGAUAUCACUUUCCUCAGUUUCCAGAUACAGGCAUUUCAUGCAGAAGACGGCCAUUUUGGCUCUGCUAGAGACUGCACGACCUACAUGUCUCCUGCCAUCCUUAUGGGCCUUGUCAUGUCCCUUGUUCUGCUGCUUGUCCUGGCCUAUGCGCUCCACAUGCUGAUCCAUUUGAAAUCAAUUGACAAACACUAUCAAAGGAAACAUUCUACCACCUACUUCCCCAAAACAAAAGACUAUUCUCCCGAAGAUGAGAGGGAGCCCCUAAGUGGCCGUCUACAAGAAUGUUAUGAACUGAGACAGCAGCAGCAGCAGCACAGCAAGCGUCACAUGCAGCCGUCUACAUCUGUUCCCUAUUAGCACUAGAAUUGACCAUUGUUUCCCCUUUGUGUAUUUCUGUUAUUUUGAUUUUGUAUUAAACACAGUUUCCAAGAAAUGACUCCCCAGAGACACAGCUUAUAAAAUAAACUCUUGAGCAACGCAGUAACUCUAUAGAGACCACCAGCCCCAGCAAACCGUUGUGAAAGGGCAGUGAAAUGAUUUGGAGAAACGUCUCUUUAACAUCGGGUUCCCAGUCGGUCUGGGGGAUUUGUUUUCCUGAGAAUAAAAAGGAUGCAGCUGAUAAUAAACUUCAUAAAUUCUUAGUUCGUCGUUGGACAUAGUGAUAUUUUUAAAUUU